AUGCCCCCGUUUUAUAUUCAGAGGAAACCAGGACAUGUUUCUAUCGAGAAGAAUCCAGGCUCUGGCAGUACACAAAUCCCCCAAGAGUCUUAUAGGAAUCUGCCAAUGCCAUUUCGCGAACCUAGACAGACUCAUCAAAAUUUCAGGCCCCAGAAACUCCGGAAGAUGGACUCAAGUGAAUUUAGUCUUAGUGACAAAACUGUUUCGCAUUGCCUAUUGUUUAAGUCACUACUUUCAGAAAGUCCUUUCUCUAAAGCCUCUCCUCGAGUUCCCGAACAACCAAAAAUAGAACACUCUAUGGAGAAAAGUAAAAAUCAGGUCAUAAUGAUUUCCAGGUACAACCAUUAUGCCAUCGACAAGCUUCUUACCUGGUUUGCAAACAACCACGCCUUCAUCUCGAACGGAGGGAUUGUAACAUUCACACCCCUUGCACUUAGGAGCAAUCCUCUCCGAGCCUUUCAAUUGAUUAGGCAAAUUGACAAACAUCCAUUAUGGGCUUCGUAUAUCGUGCCGUCAGCGCUCGGUUUGCUUGCAAGCUUAGAAUGCGGCGAGUCAAUGGACCCUAUGUCUGUUAUUGGCAAAAAAACCCUCAUUCUGGAUAUUCUCUUGAGAGAAAUAGAAACAGGACACCUAUCUCUUCUGGAGGCCCCUCCUGAUACCUAUGCAGAAACAACAAUUGCAACAAAAAACCCAAAUACGGGAACAGAAGAAAUAUCCUACAGGAACUAUGCUGUUGAAUGGACCAAGAAAUAUUUUUUGCUGUCUCCGCCUAGCCAAAAGGAUGCAUUGCAAGCUGGUGUCACGGCCUUUAUGAACGAAGCAAAGUUAUCGUCAAAACUGGAUCCAAAUAGUGUCAUGAUGGCUAUGGAUGACAUAAUUAUAAGAGAUAUACAUGGGAUGCAACGCUGUUCCGCCUUCAUGUCGAGAUACCGCCGGUUCGUUGUCAUCGACAUUGACAAUCGAUCAGUGCCGAAAAAUCCAUACGUUCAAGGGUUGGAAUGGACCCCAUUGAGCAAAUUUAGUUUGAAUGACAAUUUCUUCUAG